AUGUACUGGCUAGAUGGUGGCUGGAAGUGGCCAGUCCUUGGCCUUGUCCUGUUCUUAUUCACUUUCGGAUCUCUGGGAUUGUUGUCUAUUUUCUACAUCCUGUGUAUUUCAGUGGGUGGCCUUGUGAUAGCAUUUUACUAUGGUCGGCAGUUAUCUAUUACUUCCCUUCAGGAUGGCAAUAUUGACCUUUGUCGUUCACGUUCAGGUGUGCUCAAGGUUAUGAAGUGCAUGGAAAAUAUGACAAAGAUUAAAAAUUUUGACAGGCGGAUGACAGGAGCUAGUGUCAUAGAUGAAGCUUUACAGGAGGUGCUGGGAUGUGCCAUGCGUGAUUACAUCAAGUCCUGGUACCGUCAAGUCAGCGACCAUGAUGGUUAUCUGCUAGAUAUCCGUCAAUGUGUCCAGAAAAUAGCGAUAACAUUUGCAUCUAGAUCGAAAGACGUGGAUUGGAUGCCAUAUUUUACACAACGUUUAGUGGAUGAUUUCGCAUCUCACAUACGACUGUAUAGACGUGCACUGGAGCGUGUGAAGAUCUCUCCGAGAGAUGAUGAGUAUGAGAAGGAGGUAGAAACAGCAUUCUUUGACCUGGAGUACAAUAUGGAGAAGAUGUGUCGGGACCUAGUUAGUACCUCACCAGAGGAUGAAAGGCAAUAUCUACAGGACCUUAGCGAAGUUUUACUCUACCUUCUGCUUCCCACUGAAGAUUUCCAAAACAAGACAUUUAGAUAUAUUUUAAGGGAAGUUUUAGUCAAUGGUAUAUUGAUGCCGACUGUAGACCUUAUCGCAGAUCCAGACUACGUCAAUCAAAACAUGUCAUGGUUGUGUAAGGAGACUACUUUUAGUAAUGAGACAUUCCUAAAUGUUUUAAAAAGUUCAGACAAUGUAGCAGAACUAGAGGCUGUUAAAGAAAUAACAGAACAAAAUAUAGCUAAAUGGCGAUCCCAAGACACUGGGGGAAGUGAUGACUCUGUGGUGAAACAAAAUUUAAACAGUCUGCUAUUUGUCAAGUCUAUAUGUGAGGGCAGAAUUAAACGUAUAGAAGUGGGAAUGGAUGACCCAGAGCUCUGUCAUGAUAUUUCAGAAUUUUGCAGAGCUAAAAAUAUAUUUGUACUUAGCCUAGAUGAAAUUAUAGAAAACAACAUUGCUUUGGCAGUAUUUAUUGAGUUUAUGAGCAGUGUAGGCGGACAGCAGUACUUAUUCUUUUAUUUAAAUGUGGAGGGGUUCCGGGCAGCAGCAGAGCAGCAAAUAUCAGCGGCUCAUCAACAGGCUAUGGGUGGCACAGCCCUUGAAGCAGACCUGGAAUCUCUACGACGGGCGGCUAUGAUUAUACAUGAUCAGUAUUUAUCUGACAAGGCUACAUCCAAAAUAAGGAUAGAAGCUGAUAUAAUAAAAAGGACACUUCAGAAAAUCAAGAGCAAAAACUUGUCUGAAGAUGUUUUUGAUGAGGUUCAAGCUAAGGUUUACCAGAUCUUACACGGGGAACAGUACUAUGAGAGUUUUCUCCAGAGUAAUGUAUACAUGAAGCUCCUUCAGGAACUUGGUCUGAUGUCCGACAGCAAGACAGAGGAUGGAGACAAUCUUAGUCUGGAUGAUGACAUUUCUACCAAGUCCGGUUCGUCCAUUGGCAAUGAUGAUUAUAGCUGUGAUAAUCAGGAGGAUGCUGUUGGUAUGGGAGACACAUUGAUGUCAGCUUAUAUAUCACAAACAGGUAUAGUGAAGGAGUCUGACAAGUCAGGAAAAUCAUAUGCAGUAUUUGCCAUCCGAGUGACGAGGAAACAGCAUGAUGAUGAAGAUAUACAGGAGGUUUACAGACGAUACAGUGAUUUUCAUGAUCUUAAUAUGUUAGUGCAGGAAAAGUUCCCAGAAUUACAGGGUCCACAUCUUCCAGGAAAAACAGUCUUGAAACAAAUGAACAAGGACUUCUUAGAAAAGCGACGGAAAGCGUUAGACAACUACCUCCAGACCUUGUUGAACAAAGAUCUUUGGGACCAGUAUCAUGGUCUGAAAGACCUUGUGCUCAAAUUCCUAGCUCCAGGAUUGUGGGAAAAGCAUAAGAGCGAGCUUGCAAGGAAGAUGGACACCAUUGUUAAUCCUUUGCGGACAUCAGUGAAGAGAGUGGUGUCUACAGACGGUUCUUUUGUUGAUGGACUUGGAAAGUUCAUUAAAGGGGAAGGGUCUGCCACUGGUGACAGGAGAGGACAAGACAGCAAGGUUGGAGCUGGUAUCGACCUUGUGGGUGAUGAGAACAUCCCCCUCAGGAUCAUGCUUCUGCUGAUGGACGAAGUCAUUGACCUUCGGCAAAAGAACCAGUGGUUACGCCGUCGUAUAGUGGCAAUUCUCCGACAACUCAUCAAAGCUGCUUUUGGAGAUAGAAUUAACAAGAAGAUUGUGGAGCAUGUUGAUUGGAUGACAUCUGCAGAACAAAUGGCAGAAUAUGUAAAAACUUUCAGGGAUUCCUUCUGGCCUGGAGGUGUUCUAGCAGAGACACAACCCCCACGUUCCCUACAUACUAAAAUGAGGACCAGAGUAGCUUGUAAAGCAAAGAUGUUGGGCAGUGUUCCAGAUGAGAUGCGGACAUUGAUGGGUACUGAAACAAUCAAACUGGGAGUGACACGAAUAUUUGACAUGUUUCAAAUCAAGAACCUCAACAGGAGACUUGUGUAUGUCUGUCUAGAGGGAGUUAUACAGACACUAUUCCCAGACAAUAAGUUUAUAGACCUUUUUGAAAAGCUACAUUCCAGAUCCAACAGGAAAUUCACCAAAGAUUAUGGCGAGAAAUCAGAAAUAGACCCUGUAUUAAGAAAACGCCCAGUGCGGCGGUGA